GCCUGCGGCCCGUGGUACCGCACGCGUCAGGGUGCCGCACCCUGUUCCGAGGUGAUGGCAGUCCUGUCCCGACCGCCCUGCAGAGCGGACCACCGCGCACCCCAGCCAUCAAACACCGGCGAUCGAACGACGCAAACUUCGAAAAAUUCAAACUCCGAACCAUUCAAAAUUUAAAUCAGUUUUCUUUUGUCGCACAUCGUUUUAAUUCCAUUUUUAAAAUUAUUAUUGUUUUGUAAAGUCACCGACUUGUGCACGGGGUGUCGGGAACUGAGUCAGCGGUGGACCAGGCCAAGAUUAAUAUUUGUACGUGAUUAAAUGAAAAAAAUCGAAAUGAGCUUUCUUAAAUUCUGCCAAAUGCUUCACGCAUGAACAUGGAGGCAGCAUUACCACAUUUCCAUCGACUCAACAGCUCCAGAUUGUAUCAGUAUGCUUCUCCUCCUCUCAGAAUAUCCAACAGUUACCUCCACGAUAUCAUUCCUCCUCAACAUCCCAAUUUACUCCAGCAAUAUCUGGCCUACUACAAUGAACCAGUUGUGCCUCUCGAUCUUUCUCUAAAAUCCAGCACACCGAUCACCCCACCAUGCACCCCUCCACUAGCACAAAAAAGAAAACCUGACGAAAUAAAAAACAAAUCUCCCAAAUUAUUGAGACACUUCGAAGACAAUGACACCAAAGAGGCGGAUAAAAAAUCAGAAAAAUGGAAGAUUGACGAUGAAAUCUCAAACGAUAGUGACAGUCCGGAAGCAAAGAAACUUAAAUUCACGAAGAAAUUUUUUGAUGAACUACAAACCUGUUUACCAAAGGAACCUGAGACACCUUCGAAAAGCGAAAGAGGGUCGCCAGACGUAGUUGAAGUCAAAGAUGUGGAAGAAAGACCGAAAAAAUCUCCUAAACCACUCCAAGGACCGUUGAAGAAGAGUAAAGUUGUAAGGCGUUUGAUGUUCGAUGAGGACAAAACUUCACCUGUGUCUGGAACAAUAAUACGAGAUCUAGCCGAAGACGAAACAUUAGUGGUUAGAAAGGGCGAUAUAGAUCCGGCCUUUAAUGUGGUCGAAGUUACAGAUGAAGCCAAAGCUCUGAUAGCGAGCAUUGAGAAUCGACUGGGGCAGUACAUCUGUAGAUUGUGCCGGCGAUUAUACGGGGACGCAUUUGCUCUGGCACAGCACAGGUGCUCACGCAUAGUUCACAUCGAAUAUCGAUGCCCUGAAUGCGACAAGGUUUUCAACUGUCCAGCUAACCUAGCCUCCCAUCGUCGCUGGCACAAGCCACGCGUGCCGGGGACCACUAAGCGACGAGACCCUCCUUCAACCGACGCUGGCCGGUUCUCGUGUCAGCGAUGCGGCAAGCUGUUCCGCAGACAGGCUUAUCUCAGGAAGCACUUGUUGGCACACGAGCAUCCGGAAAAUGAAACCGAAAAAGAGCCUUCAGCUUUCCGACAAGUCCAUUCGGAAUACAACGCAUAUCAACAAGAGACAAUCAGAGAUGCGAACUUCAAUGCAUUCUGGAACAAGAUUCCCCCUCCGCAACAUGAGUUGAAUUGGGAAGGGUUGCGCACGCGCUGUGCGUCGUCCUGCUCGUCUGAAGACUCACGCAGCCUGGACGUGACGGGAUCUGAAGACGAAGGCGGCGGGGCUAUAGAAGGCUGACGGCGAGUACUGCGGCCUGUGCCGAGGUUUCCGGCAUACACGCCGCUUGCAAACCCACUUUACAAUUACGCAGCAUCGUAUGCCCAUGAUGCGCCCCAUAUGUAUUUCAAUUAAAGGUAAAUACGUUUUGUCAAAUCUAAUACGUAACAUUAAAACCCCAAACUUUCGAUCUCCUGAUUCUCUGAUUGUGUAAAUUCCAUUAAAAUUACAUUUAAAAAUAAAUAACAAAGCAUUGCAAUAAAAUUACAGAUUUAACACACACGAACAGUAGACUUAGUGCGUAUUUCUUUUGUAAAUAAUCGAUCGUUAGAUUUAUUAAUAUCGAUUUAAGUAAUCUUAAUUCUACAUUGUACAUAUCAUAAUUUCCUGCGGCAACAUUCCAAAACACGAAACGCGUGCACUAAAAUGUAAAACAUUUUAUGUGUUCCUAUGUAAGUACUCUCUUCGAGUUUACGUUAUUUAAGUUUAUAGUUUUAGUAAAUAGAAUACUUAUUUUAAGAAAUCAUGCAAGGCGGAUACGCUUUUAUGCAAUUAAAUGUUUGUAGAUUAUGUUUUGCACUUCUGAAAAACAAAGCAACGAAGCGUCCGUAACAUUAAAAUUACCAUCAAGAAUUUAACACGUUUAACUAAUAAAAUCGGAACAAAAAAUGCAUGCUUACAAUCAAAUUACAAAAAUAACACUCGAAAAUACAUCGGCAGAACUGGACGAUGACCGCUGUGUUGUAAAUAAACGUUGUAGUUGCUAUAUUUUUUAUUUAAUGUUUAAAGGAUAAGACGUGUCCGGUGCAUUCGUAUCGGUGUGAUGCACCGGUGUUCGAAUCCCGCUGGCAAGUACAAUUUUUUCUAAUGAAAUACGUCAUAAUAAAUGUUCACGAUUGACUUCCACGGUGAAGGAAUAACAUCGUGUAGUAAAAAUUAAACCCGCAAAAUUAUAAUUUGCGCAAUUACUGGUGGUAGGACCUCUUGUGAGUCCGCACGAGUAGGUACCCUGUCUAUUUUUGCCGUGAAGCGGUAAUGCGUUUCGGUUUGAAUGGUGGGGCAGACGUUGUAACUAUACUGAGAUCUUAAAACUUGCAUCUCAAGGUAGAUGGCGGUAUUUACGUUGUGAUGUCUAUGGACUCCGGUAACCACUGAACACCAGGUGGGACGUGAGAUCGUCCACCAACCUAAGUAAUAAAUAAAUAAAAAAUCCGAGCUUAGUUACAAUCGACCUAAUUUCAUUCUAUUACAGUGAGCGACGCUCUAUGAAAAAAUGAUGAGACUGUGCAUACAACGAAGGUGCAUCUAAAAAUAUACCGUAAACGUAUCGAUUCCGGUGACCCUGUAACGUCUUGGGCGCUUUUCGAUCGAUAGAAAUCUAUAGCACAUUUGAAAUUUCAUUACUAGAACCAUUUUUUUUAUUGCUUAGGUGGGUGGACGAGCUCACAGCCCACCUGGUGUUAAGUGGUUACUGAAGCCCAUAGGCCCUUCAGGCCGAAACGCAUUACUGCUUCAAGGCAGAAAUAGGUAGGGUGGUAGUACCUACCCGCGCGAACUCACAAGAGGUCCUACCACCAGUAAUUACGCAAAUUAUAAUUUUGCGGGUUUGAUUUUUAUUACACGAUGUUAUUCCUUCACCGCGGAAAUCAAUCGUGAACAUUUGUUGAGUACGUAUUUCAUUAGAAAAAUUGGUACCCGCCUGAGAUUCGAACACCGGUGCAUCGCUCAACACGAAUGCACCGGACGUCUUAUCCCUUAGGCCACGACGACUUCAAAACGACGACUUCAUUUAUGCUGGUUUUGGAAUUCGACAAGUAUUAUUUCCUCGUUCGCAGCCACGAAAUGUGUAAGCGUAAAGUAUUAGAAAUGUCUGAACCAAAAUACUAAAAAAAAAAUUACGUAAGAUUAAACGAUAACAAUAGUUUUAAUAAUGUCUAUGUCUACUCGCGAAGUUUAAUAAUGUCUAUGUCUAAGACUGAAGAAUACUUUAUUAUUUACUUCAGUGAUUACUUAUUGCUUACUAAUAUAGAUACACCCAGUUGGAACAAAGAUUUCUAGAGUACUGGAAUUUUAAAUGUGCCCAUAGAUUUUUAUCAAUCGGAAAACGCAUUUUGGCAUUCUGGCAUACCUACUUAUUAGAGCGAAAGACAAAUAGGGUCUCUUUCUAGGUUAAACUGGAGAAAAUUUCUAAGAAAGGAUGAUCGAUAUUUUCAUUACAUGUACCAUGUCUAUAUUUUUUCAAUUUUUUUUUAAUUUUUUUUAUUGCUGAGAUGUGUGGACGAGUUCACAGCCCACCUGGUGUUAAGUGGCUACUGAAGCCCAUAGACAUUUACAACGUAAAUGCGCCACCACCUUGAGAUAUAAGUUCUAUUCAUCAAAGUAUUCAGACGCGGAGCCAUUUGAGGACCUGUAAAAUUUAUUCCAUAAAAGUAAUUCAUUGAUGGUAGGUCGUAUUGUGAGCAGCAGUGUCCAGCACGGAUAGUUACCACAUUUCUGCCGCGGAACGAUCACUGUCCUUGUUUGAGGCCUUGGAACACCUAAAAUCCGGUUGAGACUUCGACCUCAUGUCUCAAGCGGUAAGGAGCGGCUUUACGGUACCCCUGGACUUUCUGACGUUCAUGAGCGAUGGUAACCACUCACCAUCAGGUAGGCCGUAUGGUCAUCAACCCACAAUAGCAAUUACAAAAAGUAGCAUUUCUAGUCAAAUUGAUUGAAUUAAAAAAAUAUAUAAGGUUUAGUUUUUAUUUUACAACAUUUUAUCUAGUCGCAUUUUCUAGUCAACUUUACAACAAUUUAUCUAGUCUCAUUUUCUUGUAAUUAUUAAUCAAUUGAUCAAUAAAUUCGAUUAUAAACAAAAAAACAAAAUAUACUUUUUGUAAAUUACAAUUAAAAAAUAUAUACGUAUUUUAUGCAAACUAAAAUAAAUUAAUAAAUUUUGAAUAAAUCAACAAUUCGCAUUCAUCAUCAGUAUUGUUCUAGUCAUUUAUGUUAGGUUUAGUAGGUAGGUAAUUUAGGCCAGUCACGGCUUGUACUAGCAUCCUCCAAAUUUAUCCGCGAAGCAAUCACAUGCUCUGACUUGAAAUGUAGUAUACAGUAUAGUAGGCUGUAAUUCAAUUACAAUUAAGAUUAAUAUCGCAUUGCACAAGCUGGCACAUUUGUGGCCCAUGUUUUGUGAGCCGUAGUAACUUAACAGAGGUAAGAUAAGAUCGUCUGCUUAAUCCAAAAAAAUCUAGUCAAAAUCACUUAAUGUCUAGUCAGUCAAUAAAUAAAUAUGUACAGUUUUUUUACAAAUUUUAAGUAUAAAUUGUUAAUGUUCAAGAUUGGAGGUUGUUUGACGUAUGAUGUCUUCAGAUAGAUAAAGUAAAAGAUUAAAAAAAAAAAAUUGAACGAAGAGUAUGUAAUGAACAGAAAGAAAGCUUUUUCCUUUGCAAUCUAUAAACCUAUUUCCGAGCGGAGAAAAUUAAUAUUGAUCUCAAAGUAUAGAUAUACGAUUUAUCCAUAAUACUUUUUCUAGUUUAGUAUCCUAGUCAAGAUUUAUUUACAUAUAAAUAUAUAUAAAUAUUUUAGGUGUAACGAAGUCUAGUCAAAAGUACCCACUAAUAUAUUAUAUUAGGAAUAUAAAUACAUUAAGGUAAAAAGUAACAACACUAGAAAUUAGAAAAAGAACAUUAUAAGCAUUUUCCAAAAAUAUUUUUUUUUUUUUUCAAAUGUAGACUACAUACAGCUGUGCGCUCAAAUUAUGCCGAAGAAAAUUGAACGACUGGAAAUACAUAUUUAAUUAUUUUAAAUUAAUAUAUAAUAUUAAAUAAAAAAUUAAAUACUACAUUAAUAAUAUUAAAAUAUUAUUAAUAAUAUUAAAUAAUACAUAAUGAAAAUAAUAAUUUAAUAACUAAAAUAUAUUAUUAAAAGGAGUCCCUUUAGGCAAGGUUCCGAAGAUACUGGCAGCGUUCCCCCUUUGAAUAGCUAGACUAAUUCCUUGUCCAAGGUAGCUGCCAGCUCUUCGGUCGCCUUUAUUAUUAUUAUUUUUUCUUAUUUUAAUAUGAUUAAUAUUUUUAAUGUUACGGAUGCUUAUUGUUCUGUUGAUUAUGACUAAAUAACUAAUUUGUAUAGGUCUAUUUAUAAACAUAUCUUAGAUUUACGUUAUAUGAUCCUUAUUUAUUUGAUAAAUAUUUAAAAAGAGUAUUCAAAAAAAUAAAAUAAAAGGGAUGCCUUGAAAUCGACAACAAAAUAGUGUCAGAGGCUUAUAUGUAAUAAGCUUUUGUUUAAACUAUAGAUGUCUAAGCAAUGUUAAGUAAACGCCAACUUAUCUAUUCCUCGAGAGAUUUUUCUAGUAUAUUUUGAAGACAAAACUUCAUUAGCACUGUUGUUGUUUUAAUGCCAAUGAACCGCAAAUGACUCUCGAGAAACGAACUAAAAAAGAGAAAAUUGAAUAGUAUUUUACAUAUAGGAUGUAAUCUAUGAGAAAAUGAGAUGUGUUAGUUUCGAAGGAUUAACUUCUACAAAGCACGCACGUUUUUAAUUAAUAUUUUUUAAUUUGAAACUCUGCUCGCAAUCUUGAAAUACUACAAUUCAUAAUAAAUUAUUCCACUUUAUAACAUCUUAUUUUAAUUGCAAGAAAAUUUAAACAUCCAGCUAUUUUAUUAUUUGUUAAUGGACUUCUAAUUUUAUUUUUAUACAUUAAAACCAGAGUAAUAACAAAUGUUGUUUUGCAAACUACUUAAACAGUAGUUACAAACAUGAGCAAAAAAAUGCCUGUAACAAAGAAUGUUUUUAUUUUUAUUAUAAUAAUGAUAAAAUGUGUUGUUCAUAUUAAGCUUUGUUUACAAUUAUUAAUUUUAACAUAUAAUCUCAGUAUUAAAGAGAUUCAAUAUAGAUAUAAGAAUAAUAUAUUAUAAUAUAAGUUAACAUAUCUUAGAUCCUAGAUGUAAGAUGGAAAGGAUUAAUACCCGAGUGAAAAUCUAGUCAGUGUGUCCUGCGCAACGCGUUCCAAAGAUUUGUAAAUAUAAAAGAAACGCUAUUAUUACUUUUAAGUUUUUAUAAUACCUAAUACCUACGUGUGAUUUCUGAUUGUUUUCCUUUAGUUUUGCAUUAGUUGAAUCACGUGAAAUUAAUAUGCACAUUAGUUUAGUUUUAAAAGCGUAUUUCGAAAUAAAUAGUGUUGCAUCACUAUUUUUGCAUAAAAAUAUAGCUCCCAGACUAGACAUUUCAAUAAUACAUACAUAUGUAUGUAUAUAGUGGAAUAAGUAAAUCGUUGUUUAUUAUGGUUCAAUACUGUACGGCAUAGCUGAUCGUUGAUUAAGCUAAUGUCUGUCGUAUCGACACGACUGAAUCAAGGAAGCAUCAUACUGCAUCGGAUCUGUGUAAAAAUCAAUGUACUGUCAACCCUUGCGUACAAUAGAUCUUCUAGAGACAGCACCAAAGACUCCAGUCCCUAAACACUAAGGUGCUUAAGGAGUGUAAGUCGAUCUACGUGUGAUUUCUGAUUGUUUUCCUUUAUUUUGCAUUAGUUGAAUCACGUGAAAUUAAUAUGAACAUUAAUUUAGUUUUAAAAGCAUAUUUCGAUAUAAAUAGUGUUACACCACUAUUUUUGCAUAAGUAAAUAAAUAACAGCUCCCAGAUUAGACAUUUCAAUAAUACAUACGUAUGUAGAUAGUGAAAUAAGUCAAUCGUUGUUUAUUGUGGUUCAAUACUGUACAGCAUUGGUGAAAUAAGCUAAUGUCUGCCGUAUCGACACCCCUGAAUCAAGGAAGCUCCAUACUGCAUCGGAUCUGUGUAAAAAUCAAUGUACUGUCAACCCUUGCGUACAAUAGAUCUUCUAGAGACAGCACCAAAGACUCCAGUCCCUAAACAUUAAGGUGCUUAAAGACUAUAAGUCGAGAGCAAAAGAUUUAUAUUCGAUUUCGAAAGCAAUCUAAACAAUAUUAUUAUACAAUAUAAUACAAUAAAGACUCCAUAUUCGCGGGGUAAGCGUUCCGUGAAUAUGGAAGAGCGCAUUUACAAAGGAUAUUCGGUUAGAUGCCUACAUAUUGGAAUAUGUUUUGGAAUAUUUUUUAUAAAUGUGUACCUACCGAUAUACCGAUUAGAUCCGCGAAUGAUGAAAUAUUUCCCGCGAACAUAGGAAUUGGGUUGUAUUUUUUAAAUCCGCAAAUAGUGAAAACGCGAAUGAUGGAAGCGCAAAUAGAGAGCUUUUACUGUAAAAUGCUCUUGCGCUACUAUAAUCAGAUUUGAAAAUAAAAUAUGAAUAGCAAAAAUGUCAAUUGUACAUUGUACACUCUAAUCAUUAUCCGUCAAAGUUCGUAUCCAGGUAAAAAAGGGAAAAGAAAACCAAACCGACUAAAUGCAAGUCGUGAUUGUUAAUUACACAGAUUCAUACAAAUAAUAAAAGAAUUCAUAAAUGUUUAAAGAAAUGAAUAAAUUGCAAUAAUAUUUUUAUAGUAUUGGGAUGAAAAUAAAAUUUAAUUGUCGGCGAUUUAAACGAGAGUGCUUCAUUUUAUAUUAGUUUGUUUAUGUAUUGAAGCAUAUCUUAACAUUAAAUGUAUAACAACACCUAUGUUACUUAAUUUUUUUAAUACUAUUUUCAUUGUACUAUUAAUUAAACUUAAAAUAUUAUUUUAUAAAUACUAUUUUCAUUAUAUUACCAAUGAAACUUAAAAUAUUAUUAUAUUAAAACUAUUUUCAUUGUUUUACUAAUAGGACUUAAAAUAUUAUUUUAUAUUAAUAACACUAUUUUUAGUACAUUACUGAUAGUUCAAAUGUUUUACGAUGCAAUAAAACAAAUUUGAAGUAAAUUAAAUUAUGAGUAGUUAGUUAACUUUAGAUCUUAUAAUAUAUGCACAGAUAGAUACUUAAAAUAUUGUUCGCACCUAGUGUAAUUUAUUAGAGGGAUAACAAAAUAAAAUAUCCUUAGAUUUUAUGUGUUAGAAAUGCAUGGAUGUAUAAAUUAUUAAAUAUUAUACGAUAUA